AUGACACUAUUUCAGAGUUCUGAGAAAGCUAAUGACCCCCUUGAUUCUUCACAAGAUCGUGGGAAAGAGUUCAGAACUGAAUCUCUAUUAUGUCGUUUGAAGUAUCAGAAUAAUUUGCCAGAGCUCCCUUUCGAUCCUAAAUUCUUAGUAUAUCCUCUCGAACCUUCCAGAUUCCUUCAAUAUGUUGCUACCUCUCUGGAAAGGAACUAUAAGCAUGAAUUACUCACAGAAACAGAUGUGGGAGUUGAGGUUGACUUAAUUGAUCCUGAUGUUUUCCGAAUUGACAAAAGAGCAACUCUUCAUCCGGAUGAUGAGCGACUCUUGGAAGAUGAGGCUCCUACUUUUGUCAAUGCACGUAAAUCUAGACAUCAAAAACUUGGGUACAAUGUUAAACGCCAUCUCAAUGAAGAGAUCGUGUAUCGUGAUCGCGAAAGCCAGAUCAACGCCAUUGAAGAAACGUUCAAAGCAGCUGAAAAACCUAUUCACAAGCACUACAGCAAGCCAAACGUUCACGCUUUGGAGGUACUUCCAGUGUUACCGGACUUCACAUUAUGGAGAUAUCCAUGUGCACAGGUUAUUUUCGAUGAUGACCCCUCUCGUAAAAAUAAAACUACCACUGAACAAAAGGAGGAGGUGAAUCAAGCAAUGAUUCGUGGUAUGGUAGAUGAAUCUGGCGACCAUUUUGUUGCUUACUUCCUACCAACUGAACAGACUAAACAAUUACGUCGUUUGGAUGCUGAAAAUCGAAUACCAUAUACUGAAGAUGCUGCCUAUGAAUAUGAACUUACACGAGAAAAAUUAUUUUUUUGUUUUCGUAAAGAUGGAGUUUACUAUAACGAAUUAGAGACCAGAGUCCGUCUUAGUAAACGGCGUAAAUUAAACCAGUCUGGUACUAAUGUUGGCGCUCUACAAGCCCCUAAAACUCGUUUGAUUGUUCAUCAUCGAGAUUUCACGGAUGAGGAAUUGAAGGCUCAAACUGACCGUUUAUAUAUGCUGGAACAUGAUGUUGAAGGUGACGAAGAAGAUGAUGAAGGAAAUGCAGAUGGUGAUGAAAAUGUUGCUGAUGAGGAAUCAAUAAGCAAUGAAAAAGAAACCAAUCAUAAAACUAGUUAUAACGGUAGUGACGACGAAGAAGAGGCAGAGGAUGGAAUUAGUGACGGUCAAAACACUGAGGCUGGAGAAGAAGCAGAGGAGGAAGCUGAAGUCGAGGAAGAUGAAGAGGUCGAAGAAAUACCAAAGGUUGAAGCUAAAAAACGUUUCCAAUCUAAUAAUAACUAUAAUCGUUCCAAAACGUCUCAUCAUUCUGAUGACGAAAGUGACUUAAGUGACCUGAGUGAUUAA